AUGAAAGUGCUAAAGGGGUAUGUUCAGAAUCGUACUCAUCCCGAAGGUUGCAUUGCUGAGUGGUAUAUAGCUGAAGAAGCUGUAGAGUUUUGUACCGAGCAUUUAUCUGAUGUUAGUACAGUUGGAGUGCCUUCAAGCCAAAAGAUGGGAGUUUCAAAGCCAUUAUCAGGUUGCACAGUGAGCGUAGUUGAUCGGGACCUGUUGAACCAAGCACAUCUAUAUGUCUUGGAGAAUACGGAGGAAGUCCUACCUUAUAUCGAGCAACAUAUGAUCCACAUCAAGACCGCUUAUCCAAAAUUUAGAAAGAGAACAAAGUGGCUGCAGGAUAAGCACAAUAGCACUUUCAUUCAAUGGCUACGCUUCAAGGUUCAAAGUGAACUUAAUGAGGAAGACAAUCAUGGCGUAUCAGAAAAUUUAAGGUGGCUAGCAGCUGGUCCAAACAUGGCAAUGCCAUUAUAUAGGAGCUAUCUUAUUAAAGGUAUUAAAUUCAACAUCAAGGCACAAGAUGAUGUGCGGACAACUCAAAAUAGUGGAGUUUAUUUACUUGCACAUACUAUGCAAGUUGCUAGUGCCAAGGAUAAAAACCCAAUUCUCUCAAAUAUGGGUUUCUAUGGUGUCAUUCAAGAAAUUUGGGACCUUGACUACCAAAAGUUUACAAUCCCAGUCUUUAGGUGUGAUUGGAUAGAUAGUACUUCUGGUCUUGUAGUGGACGAACUUGGAUUUACCCUUGUAGAUUUGAGUAAAAUUGGACAUAGGAAUGACCAAUUUGUUUUGGCUUCUCAAGUCAAACAAGUAUUUUUUGUUGACGACCCGAUGCAUCGUGGUUGGUCGGUAGUGUUAUCAAUGCCUAAUAGAGAAUAUAAUGAUGUUAUUGGUGAUGAUGUCUUAGGUGAUGUGAGAAUUGAGUGUGAGCCAUUUACUAGAGGGAUGCCAAAUGUUGACACAUUUGAUGAAGUGGUGGGUGAGUUAGGGAGUCAAAAUAUUCGAGAUGGGUGUGAAGAUAUAUGGAUUGAAUGA